AUGUUUGGUCGUCGAGGGCCACUUGGCUUUCUUCUGCUCUUCUUCCUCGUCCUCGGCGAAGUCGUCGCCCAGCUCGAGGAUGAUCACAGGCACAGAUUCGCUAUAAAGAAAAGGAACUUUCUCAGAACCGAGAAAAACGAAAAGGCCGUCUCGCCGGCCGAUGUUGAUCCUUAUGAUGACGACGGCUGGCUUCACCUCGCUCCUCGUGACGGGAUCGGGGCUACGGUACCACGGAGCUCCGACGACGGCAAGCCGUCCAUCGUCGAGUCAGAUUUUGGCGACGACGAUGACGACCACGACCACGAUCACCAUGAAGACAUAGUUCCUGGGAGCGCUGCAGAGCCAGUGAGGCUCUUCCCGGAUGAGUCCCCCGAGACCGAGACGAUCAAGGAGAACGCCGAGGGCAGCAAGGAGGACACCGUGGCACCUAGUGCCGUUCCCACGUCUCCACCAAGCAAGCCGGCGACAAAUGGCCUCAUGUGGGUGCUGAUCAUCGAUGGCAUCAUCAUUACGUUGGUGGCCGCCGGAGUGGCGUUUUUGGUCUGGUAUCACAGAAGAGUGCAACGACGCGACAGUACCCUAGACAGUCUCCCGCCCGGCAUCUUCCCCGACGGUUACAUCCCCGAAUCGGCGACGCUGCCGGAUGGGGUGAUGAUGGUACCCGCGAAUACGCCGCUGCCCGGA